AUGUCGACAGAAAGGUCAUCUUCAGUGCGCCGUCGCCUGGCCUGCGAUAGGUGCCACUCAUUCAAGCUGAAAUGCCCGCGGCCGGCGGCCAACAGCAAUGGCAUUUGCGCGCGAUGUCUCAAAGCUGGCACUGCCUGUGUAUAUAGCCCUUCAAUGCGAGGCCAAGUGCGCGCAAAGGCGCCUUCUGGGCAUGAGAUAUUGAGGGAUACCGUCGAAGCGGGCUUUGACGAGGCUGUCCCAGUUUUGGCAGAAGGUAUUUCCCCAUACCUCUUCUUCUUCUUCUUCGGUAUGAUAAUAGACCUAACUGGAGUAGAUGAUUUAUUCAAUAAUAUGGCCAUGGAUUGGUCUGCACAUAACUCUACGUCUCUGAAUCACACGUCGUUGAACGAAGGCUUUGACUGGAUCUCUCAGCUGCCACCGCAGACCGAGUCCUGGCACACACCAGCCAUGAACGGCGAAGCAAUGCCCCAGUUCGACAGCAACACAGACUCGACUAAUAAUACAGACAGCUCCAACAAGUAUCAAAGCGAGAUAACAAAUUCAUACAGCCCAGAGGACGAGCGAGUCCAUAUAGUGCCAAACGAGCCAACGCAAAGACCAAAACCGUCUGCUCAGUACUUGGGCUACCCCGUGCCAGAAGCAAUGCAGAGCCCGAGCUUGUUCCUAGAUUUGAUCAACUUGUCAGUACACUUGGAGAAUCUAUCCCGCCAGCUUCCCGCAUUUUCUCUGCACGAGACCGCAGGCGACGACAGUCCGCUUGGUAUAGAGACACCACCGUCAUCGAAACCAAGCGCAAGCAGUCCAGCCACGGAGAGCGACACCGACCCAGAGACAGGCAACGUGUUUGCUGUCAUGCACAAACUCGUCGAUCUAUACCAAGGUGUACUUACCCACCUCGCCCAGCGACGAGUAAUGCGCGACGACUCGGUAGUAGUCGACUCGGAAGGCGGCCGGAUCAGCGCCCACGACUCGUCUUUAGUUUACCUGUUGUUUUCCAGCCAUCACCGGCUCAUCGACCUCUGGCAUUGCAUGUUCACGCACUCCAAGACAGUCCUCCGCACAGACAAACUGCCCAUGGGCGCCGAGCGGCACAAAGCACACUGCGCCAAGAUGCGCCUAGGCUCGUACGUGCCCUCCUCGUCGUCGACAGUGGUGCCUAUGGAGAUCAUCGUCAUCCAGGAACUGGCCAUGCACCUGACCAAGCGCGUUGGCGAUCUGCUGCAGGCCAUAAAUUCAGCCGAGGCAUCGUCGACGACAUCGCCAGCCAAGGCUGACAAGCAGCAAACAUCCGGAAAUGCGACGGUGGCGAUGAUAUCGGCCGCCACAGAUCUGCAGCAGAGAAUGGUCGGGUUGCAAACGGGCAUCCAGCAGUUGAGAGUUGGACUAGAGGAUGCGAUUGCAAAGCAGUCCUCGAUCACGAAGAAUUGGUGA